AUGUUCGCCACAUGUUUCCGUAUUGGAACCAAGUUCUUUUAUAGCGCUUCCAAACUGCUCACAAAUAUUUCCUUUCAAAUCUUGAGGAUCCACGCUAUUCAGGACAGAAAGGAUUGUAGCGCUGUCAGAGACACUCAAGAUCAACAGAACUUUGGCCAAUAUGAAAAUGAAGGGAUCCUUGCACAGUCAGAGGUACUCAAAGCCAAUACGACUCUGGUCGCUUUGGACUUGGCUAGCAACUCAUUUGGGAAGGAAGGAGCUCUGGAAUUAUCAGAGGUACUGAGGAUUAACACAAGUUUGAUCAGAGUGAGCUUGUGGGGCAAUCCAAUUGGGGACGGGGGAGUUUUUGAAUUAUCAGAGAUACUCAAGCUAAAUACGACUCUUAAUGAAUUGAACAUAGGGAAUAGCUCAAGACCUAUGACGCUAUCAGAGGCGCUCAAGGUUAACAUCGCUUUGAAGACUGGUCUUGCGGACUAA